AUGGCUGACGAUUUCUGUCUCUUCCUUAAGGAUAGCCUGAACAUAAAGCCUCCAAAGAAAUCUCCAUUGGUGCUGAGGAUGAUUGUCUUAACUUUUGCGAUGGUUUGUGGUGUUUAUAUUUGUACAAUCUGUUUAAAGCAACUUAGUUACAGCACCAAGGCCAGAUUCCUAAAUGUUGAGGUGGUAGAGAUGCCCUGUGAGUCGCACAACGUUGAACCAUUUGAAAAACCUUAUGUUCACUAUCCAAAGCCCAAAACUUUUAGCAGGGCUGAGUGUGCAUGCAAUCCUGUGCGGUUGUUUGCUAUUUUGUCUACUCAGAGAUCGGGGAGUGGAUGGUUUGAGACACUGUUGAAUAGUCAUAUGAAUAUAAGCUCCAAUGGAGAGAUUUUUUCUGUUAAACCCCGGAGGAGUAAUAUUUCAACAAUUGUGGAAACGUUGGACAAAAUAUAUAAUCUAGAUUGGUUGACUAGUGCUUCCAAGAAUGAAUGCACAGCUGCAGUUGGCUUGAAGUGGAUGCUUAAUCAGGGCUUAGUACAGCAUCAUGAAGAAAUAGUAAAAUACUUCAACUCGAGGGGUGUUUCAGUGAUAUUUCUCUUCAGAAAAAAUCUGCUGCGUAGAAUGAUAUCCAUACUUGCAAAUUCUUAUGAUCAAGAUGCUAAGCCACUAAAUGGAACACAUAAAUCUCAUGUGCAUUCACCCCAUGAGGCUGAGAUACUUGCAAAAUACAAACCAACAAUUAAUACAACAUUGCUGAUACCCAAUCUGAGGCAAGUAGAGGAGAUGACUACGAAAGCUUUGGAAUACUUCAAGAGCACUCGGCACAUUAUCCUGUACUAUGAGGACAUAAUAAAAAAUCGGACUAAAUUGAUUGAAGUUCAAGAUUUUCUAAAGGUUCCACGAAGGGACCUAAAUAGUCGUCAGGUGAAGAUACACAAAGGGUCCUUGUCCGACCAUGUUGAAAAUUGGGAUGAUAUCCAGAAAACACUCACGGGAACGCCCUACGAGAGCUUCAUCCAUGAAGAUUACAAAAUAUAG